ACUACAUUUUACUGUGUGAACAGUCGAAAUAGCAGCCGGGCCUCAUUCCAAUAGCAGCGAGAGUAGUGUCCCUUUGACUUUACGUCAGGUAUCCGGAGAGUUGUUUACAAAUGGCCGACAAUUGACACCAGGUCCAGAGUGUGAACAAAGAAAGAAAACAGUAACCAUGGCAACAGGUGGGACUGGAAGAGAGAGGAUGGGACCAGAGGGGGACUCUGGGGAGGACAGUGACAAUAAGAAUACAGUUACCACGUCAGUAAAAACUGAAACAACUACACAAGAAGUCACUGUAACAGAACAUGUGGAGGAUGAGGAGUUUAGAUAUGAGCCUCCAAAGUUUGAGAACUCAUUACCAGACUUGUAUCGUCUGUUGGAGACAAUGGAGAAGGAGGACGGAGACCUUAGCAACAAGAAACAACCACCAUCACUGUUCUCCAGGCCAGAACAUGUCGACAAAUAUCAGAAAAUUACAAAGCUAAAGCUUGAGAUGGAAGAGUCUGAGAUGAGCCCAUACCUUGAUCAUUUCGAGGCCGGUGUACGUGAUGACGUGUUGAUGAUUGGCAAUGUUUCACUGGAAGAUGUACAGACAGAGGAACGACAGCUUAGAGAUGAACAUAUACAAUACCUGGAGCAAGAGGCGAGUGAGGCAAGAAGUCGUCAUCAGGAGUUACUAAGGCGUGAGGAGGAUGCUAAGAAAAGGGUUGCUAAAUAUACACAGGAUAGGAGGGAAGAUCUUCAACGUAGAGAGGAGAUGUUACGUCAGAGAGAGAAGUUGUUGAUGGAGAGGUUACACCAGUCGUUUCGACGUGCAGAAAGCCAGCUGAUCAGUGUACUGGAACGUAGGAAAGGAGAAGUCAAGACAUUCUUUGGUGACUUGAUGAUGACAGAGGUACAGUACGGUGGUACCCGAGGUCGCAGAUGGAAGGUAGACUGGAACUUGACACCCCAGCCUGUACAGGUCAAGCUGAAAUGUUUACGUGGGGUCAAAGAUAAACUCCCCAGGGGUAGAUAUGUAAUGAUGGUAUCACUGUAUGAUAGGCUCGGGGGUAACAUUCUCCGCUGGAGUGAGAUGAAGGGCCAGCACUGGGGAGCGGCUACAGCCCCUGUUCACCAUGAGGGGGGCUUCCACAAUGUGGAACUGAAGUUUGAUCAGUGCAUGUUUACUGUGUUACCAUCAAAGGCGUCCCUGAAGCCAGGUAUGGUGGUUGUGUUUGAGCUGUACCUACUGAGAGGUUCUGUUGUGUCGACAGACAAGGUUGUUGCCUGGGGUUGCGCACCUAUAUGUGAUGCUCAGUUUGAGGUCAUAGAAGGAAAGUACAGAGUUCCGUUCCUCCGUGGAGAGAUGGACCCUCAGAUUGAGAAACAUGAGAUAAUUGAGCAGCUUAUCUCUGGUGAACUUGACCACUGGCUGUGUAACCUUUACCUUGAAAUUGUCAAGUUACCAAGGUAUUUGGCAGGUAUGAAAGAAUAUGAGGUUGAGUUGGAAUUUUCAUCUGCUAUGACAGCAUAUCCCGAUAGGAGACGUACCGGAGGUGAAGAAUACAGGGACGGGGAAGCCCCGAUACUCGGGUCUCAGAGUGACAUUAGCAGUGACAUAAAACAGCUUGAAUUGGAAAGGGGAUCAAGAUCUAGUCUACAGAGCUCUGAGUUACCAGGUUACAACAUGCCCACCACACGCACAACUGCUACAGUCUCCAAGAUCAAACUGGAGUCCUUAGGGAUAAAGGAAUCUGACAAGGCAACCAUGUAUGGUUCAAGGAAGCUUCAUAAGGAUAAAAAGCUGGACCUGUUACUGAUGGAAGACAGCGACCCUGAGGACAGUGAGCCGGAAGAUGUCAAGGCCAUGAAGAGCGAAGAUGAAUUCAGAAAGGUCAAGCAUAUGCCUGGAAUGUAUUACAAGAAAUAUGAGAAGAACCCUGUAGAUGCGUACCAUGAUAAGUUAUACACGGUGCUGCCGAAGACCUCAAUCACUGAACCUAACUAUACAGUGAAAAAAUUGACACAUCUCGAGGAACUGGAGAAACAUACAAUGUCUGUACAAGAUCCUCUAGCGGGUAUGGGACGUCCACAGCGAAAGGCAUACGAGAAGAUGGAGUAUGUUGCUCGACAGUUCAUGUCUGAACUUGGAAUAUCUCAGUGGCGUGGUCGUGAGUUCUGGGGAAUGAUGUUUAUGCUGACGGUGGUGUUUUUUCUGAGGAUAUUUGUACAUUAUAUGGGACAGUGGUUCUACUUGAGUGCUAUCAACAUUCCAAUCAACAUGUACAACUUCCUGCCGUACACAGUGGAACUGAACUACCAGCCUACAUUGUUGACGAGCCAGCAAGAGAUCGCCAUCGUCAUUCUCGGACCCAUGUUUAAUCUCCUUGUCUUUAUACUCCUGAUUGCACUGUGUGGCGCUUUCCAGAAACUGUUAGGCCAGUUUCCAGAUUUCGGAUGCAAGUUUGUGAUUGCAUAUGGCAUCAUGACAGUCCUGGACCCAAUCCUUAUCCUGGCAAUGGACUGUAUUCUCAAGCGUUAUGAAGAUGAUAGUGCAACACCAACUGCUGAUUUUGUCAAGCUGUGGUACCAUUUCUACCGUGUUGAAGGUUCUGGACUGGGUGGAGUGUUUGUUACAGCAUUCCUGUAUCUUGGCUUCAUGUUUGUGGCAGGAGCCUUUCUCUACAUGUACUUCCUCAGGUUACACAACAAUGGACGUCUGCUUGAUAUCUACUGGCGUCUGCGUGGGAAGGAAGAGAACUUCUUUGUACCUUACGAUCUAGAGUUAUCCAAUCAGGAGUUGCAUUACAUUGUAAACAGAGCAGAGGCAUGGCGUGGAGAGGAGGGUGAAAGGAGGAAAGUUGCUGUGUUUGACUACAUCUGGGAGGAGGAAGAUAUGGAGGAAAGUGUGUGGAAUGAGUGCACCCUAGAGGAGGAUGAACAGAGACGCAAAGAGACACACAAGGAAAUAACAACACAUGUAGCAAUACAUACAGUACAUCUGGACGGUCUCAGACAACUGUAUAGACAGUUUCUACGCUUACCUGAUGGUGCUGUUGUUGAGGUGUUUGGAGAUAUGGCAGUGCCAGGGAUGGACAAGGAUAUCAAGGAUGCUAUGACCAAGGGAACCCAGGGCAUUGAGAAACUGUUUGGCUCCCAGACCAGCCUCAGGGAAAGGAAGGUGCAUGGAAGAGAAACUGUGAACACAAGGAGUGGUUUCCGUGACGAUGAGAGACCAACAUCUUCAGCUUCAAGCAGUGGCUCCUCUCUUCCAAAGAAAAAGAUGUGGUAAUUUCCUCGCGGAAAUGAAUAGACUGUGAUAUAUGAAUGUUUUAUUCCGACUGUGAUACCAUCUUAUUUAGAAUUUUUGUAACAUUUAUGAUUUUAUGUUUGUUGAAUAUUAAGGUGAAAGUAAAAUCUGGCACUUAUACAAGUAACAUUCUUGAAAAUAGUGUGUUGUAUAAAAAAAAUGAGAAAAUUUCUAAUUUUAUUUUGAUUUUGAAUUUCGGUUAUACAAGAGGUAGAAAAUGUAAAUAUAUUAAUAGUUGACAAUCACAAUUUAAUGUUGAAUCAAAUGCAUUUUUAUUUCCGUCCCCAGAGAAGUUAGUGUGGCAGUUUUCUAUUGCAAGAGUUGAAUUUUGCUUAAGUUAUUAAAUUCUGAAGUCCUAAAAAAAAAUCAGUAAAAUCUAGUUGUAACUUGGCCAUGUUAUAAUUAUAUUGGAGAUAACAUUUUACAGAUUUUGACUAAAUUUGUGUGGAGUUAUAGCUGUAAGAACAUAUUGGUCUUUAAUUCAGCAACCGUUGACUUAUAUUAUACCAGUUAAUACAUGUGAAAGUUUUGGUUUACAUUUAUUGAGCUGUAACCUUUUUUUGAGUGUCUGUUUCAUACUGACAUAAUUUCUGACAAAAAUGAUUUUUGUUAUUUUUUAAUUUUAUGCAUACUAACUUAUUUUAACAGCUUAGUGGUGAAAUUCUUUCUAUUGAAAAAAAAUCCCACUAAAUUUAGCAGUUAGAAAUUAGUAAUAUUAAUUUCUGCUUUUCUUGAAUUUAUAUUUGUAUGACUUACUUUUUCCUCUAUUCAUGACAAAAUCUUUGAUUGGAAAGAUUUUAUUUUUAAAAAGUACUAAACACUGACGAGUGUAGUCUGUUUGUGUUGUAUAGUUUUGACCCUGUUCUUACCUAAUUUAUGUUUCAACAAUUAAAAUGAGUAAAUGUUUAUUCUAAAUACUUACCCGAGAUUUUUAUUAGGACAGAAAAAAGGGGUUGAGAUUUCAAGAUGAAUACAUAUGUUGACACAGUUAUAGAGUUGAUUUAUUGCCUCUGUAGAAUACAUUUAUUGAGGCAUGUAGGAAUUUCCUACAUGAGGUAUAAACAAGUCUGCUUAAAUACAUGUCAGUUACUUUUUAUUGAAUGGCUGGCAUUGCCAUUGCGGUACAUACAUGGUUUAUAUUGGAUCUACCAAAUUAGGUUAAAUUUGUGUUUUACAAAUUUUUACAUAUCAGAUGCUUUUUAUAAUAAAAAUAUAAACAUCAUUGCAAGUAUUAACUUGAAAACUGUUACAUUGUCUAAGUUAGGACUUCUUUUUGUUUCUGUAAAUAAAGUGAUACCACUGCUUUGAUGUUAAGGUAGUUCUACAUGUUUGUUAUGCUGAAAGUAAUAGCUUGACAUCAUUUAUCUAGUUAACCUUGAAUAAUACCUUGAUCCACAAUAUCGGUAAUAUAAAUCAUGUGACAAAUAUAGGACAGCCUGUAUGUUAAUCCAUAACACUGGCAACAUUACUAUCUGUCUAAACAAUACAUAUUGUAUAUUUACGACUGUGAUAAGAUUCAUUUAAAUCUACAUUGUAUAAUUUUGCUAUACCCCAACAUGUCAUCAGAACUGUGAUUUUCUAACAAACUGUCAUGAAAACUUGCAGGAGGUCCAUAUCUUUCACUUAAGUCCAGCAAAAAAGUUUUGAAGCAACUGAGUUACAUGGUAUAAAAACUUUUGACCCAAACAUGCAGAAUUAUCUUGAGAGAUUUUUUUAAGAAGUUUAUUAUCUUAACUUCAUAUAAACGGACCAGUGAGAAGACUGAACAAAGCUUGCCAUCCUUUUCUUCAUUUGUGUUGUACAUUUUCAGUGUGUUUUAAAACUAUUUGUAUCCAUCCUUGUAUAAUGAAAUGCAUUUUUUAUUUGUGUGCAAUUUAAUGACAACGCAUUUAUUGACUAUACGUUUUUUAAGUUUGGUUUUAUGCUGUUAUUUUUAUGAUAAUUAAGAUAAAGCUUUCAAGAGAUAUACAGGUUAUAAAUAUCUAUUACAGUAUUCAGGUCUGUAAAGCACCCUUCAGGUUAAAUUUUUUUUUAAAGAAAUGUCUUGGGAUAUAGAUCACAAGACUUUUAAUAGUUACUUCUUUAAACAACAUCAUAACUCCCAAACUUUGCUGCUUAUUUUGUUACCCAUUUAGCUUUACUAGGUGUAGAAGCACUUCAAUUUAUGUUACUCACUCCCUCCAUAUUGUUACAAAUGUUUAUUUUGCAAUGCCUGUUUUAGAGUUUAUAUAGAUAUUCUGUGACUGCUGGCUUGCAGUGUAUGUUAUAGAUACUUUAUUAUCAUGUUUUUGGCUGCUGGCAGCAUUUUGUAAUUUUUUGAUGUUUUAAUUUUAUUCGACUUGUUAGGGGAGUAGUUGGUGCCGUCAUUGACAGGACUUUAACGGACAGGAGCACUGUUUUUUUGUUUGUAGAAAGAACAAAAAAUGAUUUCUUUGAACAGUUUUUAGAGAAGUAUUUUAACCCAAGAAAAGUGUUGUGUAUUGAAUUAUUGAAAAUUUUGUAAGAAAAUUAAAUUUAUACUUGCAUUGUAAACAUUUUUGUUAACAAAGUUAAAAUUUUGACAGUCAACUCUUUUUCUUCAUGUUGAUACAAUGUGAUUUUGUGAACGGUACUUCAAUAAAGUGAUAGUUAACAGUGGAUGUUACCGGAAUGAGCUCCCUGAGCUAACUGCCACAGCACUGUUUUUUUUUCUUGAGAUUUGUUAAAAACAAUGCACAGAACCAUACCUUGGUCCCAGUUUGAAGGUUCUGUCAGAAUGGGUUUUUUGUGUCAGGUUACAUUCUAGAUUGAUUUAUGUGUAAUACGUAUUACUAAUACUAAUAGUGUCAACCUAGCUACACUCCUGACAAACACGGUUUCUCCUAGGUUUUCUAACUAUAUGCAUUUCUUUAUGUUGCUUUCCUAUGUAGAAUAAAAAGUCUCUUUAA